AUGGAGUUUGCGCUGCGCAGCGGCCGCGCGCGGGCCAUUGGAGUCUCCAAUUACGAGGUGAAGCAUCUCGUGGAAAUCAUGGAUCUCGAAGAGAAGCCAGCCGUGAACCAGGUUGAGUGGCAUCCAUACCACCAUGAUGAUGAGCUGAAGGCCUUUUGCCAUCAGAACGCCAUCGCCCUCGAAGCCUGGUCACCCUUGUCAGGGCGCAACGCCUCAGCCGAGAAAGCGGAACACAUGAAGACGGACCUGGAAGUCUUCUCCUUUCAAUUGUCCGCUGCCGAGAUGCAGAGCAUUUCGAAGCUGAAAGUGUCCGAAGUGUUCGUCUAG